AACAACGCCACAUGACAAAGUGUCAGAUUUACUCAACAACAAAUUCCUUUCCGUGGAGUGGAAGUGGAUGUAUGAAAAGGAUCUUUUUGCUUCAAUGUGUGUGACAGAGGAGUCUGGUGUUUUCCAUUGUCAACCAAGUACCAGAUGACCAUCCUUGUGUCAACCCUGAGCCAGAGCAAAGCUAAGUUGCAGGUAAAGUGUCUGUGUAUGCUUAUGUUCCUGAGCUUUCCGCUGACGAUGGCUGAGGUCCCUGGUCCAUGCAGACACUCAAUCACAAGGGAGCACCUGCUGACAGUAAAGCAAUUGAUGGAUAACCAGUUGAGCAGUGGGUGUUCAAUAAACUACAUAUUCAUAAAACAGAGAAGUUUGAGCAAAUGUUGUUUUGUGAAAGCUGCUUUACCUUGGAUCCUGGAGCUUCUCACAACCCACUUCAAGUAUAAGCGGGGUUCUGUAAAUGACGGCUAUGUUCAGUCCCUCAGAGCGCUCAUCCUCAACAUGUAUUCUCAGAAAUGUGUGCCUCAGAUUAAUGAGGAGGUUGAGGAUGAGCCUGAGAAUUUUGAAAUUCUCUAUCGAGGGUCUCCUUCAGAAGCACUGCAGAAAGUUUCAGAGGUGUUGGCUGUUUACUGGGAAUUGGUGACAACCAGUGACUCACCUGUUGACUGGACAUGCCAGCAUGAAUACACAGAAAGCUUUGGCUCCACUACAAACUUACCUACAGAGUCUACAACACAAGAUUUUACAGACAGUUACAGUCAGAAGUCGGUGCAGGCCUCCCAGAAAGGACUGUCCAGAGACCUUUUCAAACUUGGCUUCAUCAUUACGUCGACCUGUGGAGGACUGCUGUUCAUACUUGCGCUUUAUUGUCUCAUUAUGCACAAGAAAACUCACAACUCUCUCGGAUCAAGGCUACACACAGUGACAAGCACAGACCCGGAGGACAUAGAGCUGGAGCAACAGUAAUACAGUGAAGAUCACAUCACUGCAGCAACACUUGGGGAACAGAAAAUUGUACCUAUUACGAACAAGUUUUAAUGUUGUUGUGUGUAAUGUAUGCACCUUAUCUAUUUAAUCAGAAACUUUUCUAAAACCGAGAAUAGAGAUGGAUAUAAUUUUGAAUAAUGUGCUGUGUAUAUUAUGCAUUAUCUGCUGCAGAUAUAUUUUUAAAGUUCACCAUAA